ACUUCCGCCUUGUCUUUACUGGUUCUCUUACUGGUCUGUUUCUCUGGUCGUGGUGUUCUACCACUCAAUGUCAGUCAUGUCGUGGACAACUAAAGUGUUACAGUUAGUCGUGCUGGCUGGAGUGUCUGUGUUGAUAGUGAUGUCCCUGCGGCAGUGGAUGGCCAACAAACAGUAUGUCUUCACAAAGGAAGAUGUUGCUAUUCUGGCCAAGCGAUACGCAGGUCAGGACCACGACCAGGCCUUCUCCAAGGUGGUGGUGGAGCUGCGGAAGAAGUACCCGGGUCACAUCCUGCCGGACGAGGACCUGCAGUGGGUGUUUGUCAACGCAGGCGGCUGGAUGGGGUCCAUGUGUCUGCUCCACGCCUCCCUCACUGAGUAUGUCCUGCUGUUCGGCACCGCCGUGGACACCGGAGGACACUCAGGUCGUUACUGGGCUGAAAUAUCAGACACCAUCAUCUCUGGGACCUUCAGGCAGUGGAAGGAGGGAUCAACGAAGAGUGAAAUGUACUAUCCAGGUGACACGAUAGUCCACACGGUAGGCGAGGCGACCUCGGUCCAGUGGAGUGCUGGGACGUGGAUGGUGGAGUACGGCAGAGGAUUCAUCCCCUCCACCCUGGGCUUCGCCCUGGCAGACACUCUGUUCAGCACACAGGACUUCCUCACUAUCUUCUACACCGUACGGGUCUACGCCAAAGGAAUGCUGCUGGAGGCCAAUACACUACUCACUGAGGCUGGCGUCUUCUGAGGAACCUGACCCCUAACCCUCUCUGCUGCUGGCGUCUUCUGAGGAACCUGACCUCUAACCCUCUCUGAGGCUGACGUCUUCUGAGGAACCUGACCUCUAACCCUCUCUGAGGCUGACGUCUUCUGAGGAACCUGACCUCUAAACCUUGAAACUUAUUGAGUUAGAUAUACAGUACCAGUCAACAGUUUGGACACACCUACUCAUUCAAGAGUUUUUCUAUAUUUUUACUACUUUCUACAUUGUAGAAUAAUAGUGAAGA